UGGGGCUACCUCGGGGUCCUUUCUGCUUCUCCGGGCGCAGAAAUGACGUCAGCCUCAUGUUGAUCAGCUGAUUCCGGUUGACCGAGUGAAGCACAAUCCACCUUUUUUUCCCUCCUUUUACCUCCUUUUACUUCUCUACACGCCGCCGGGACGCGUGGGACGUCGGAGUUGGACGACACUGACAUGCUCCAUUUGGACCGCCAUAAUGGACAAGAUUUUGGAGGGCCUCAUCAGCUCGAGUCACACGGUUCCAGUGAAGAAGGCCAUCGUGAAGAAGGUGGUGGAAGCAGCAGAGAAGGACGUGGCGGCGGAGGAGUGUCGUGCUUUGUUUACCGUCACCACCCGCCUCAUCCUGCUGGGCGAAGAUGCCUUCCAGAAGCAGGUGGGCUUCCAGGUCCUGGAAGCGUACGCCCGCUAUCACCGCUCUGAGUUUGAGAGCUUCUUCAGCAAAGACUUUGUGCUCGGUCUGCUCCACGGCGGCUACGAGCAGGUGGAGCGCAAAGACCCGGCCCUGGUGGACCUCGUCCACUGCGGCCUGCGGCUGCUCAUCAGCUGCCCCGCCGUGCUGGAGCUCUUCAGCGUGAUCCAGGUGGAGGUUUUAAGGCUGGUGUGCGAGCGGCCCAACCCGGCCCUCUGCGCCCGCCUCAGCACCAUGCUCUCCGACUUUGUGCAAUGCGUGCCCAGGGACAAGGCCGGCGUUUUCUUCUGCCAGCAGCUGGUGAGGACCAUCAGCUACUUCCACUGCAUGGUCAGUCAAGAGCAGGAGCUCGAGGAGUACGUGGGUCAGGUGACCAAGGUGAGCACGCUGCUGCAGAACAUCUGGAAGGCCGAGCCGGCCACGCUGCUGCCUUCCUUGCAGGAGGUCUUUGCCAUCAUCUCUUCCACAGACCCGUCCUUUGAACCGUCCAUCGCCUUGGCCAGCCUGGUGCAGCACAUCCCGGUCCAGAUGAUCACAGUCCUCAUUAAGAGCCUGACUACGGACCAAAACGUAAAAGAUGCAAACAUGACAAAAGCACUAUGCAGGAUGAUCGACUGGCUUUCCUGGCCUCUGGCCCAUCACGUGGACACCUGGGUCAUCGCGCUGCUCAAAGGGCUGGCCGCCGUACAGAAGUUCACCAUCCUCAUUGAUGUCACGCUGCUCAAAAUUGAACUGGUGUUUAAUCGCCUGUGGUACCCCAUAGUGCGACAGGGGGCGCUAGCCGUCCUCUCCCACAUGCUGCUGAGUUUCCAGCACUCUCCAGAGGCGUUCCAUUUGGUUAUUCCACAUGUGGUCCAUCUGGUGCAGUCUCUGCAGGCGGACGGCCUCCCCAGCAGCAAAGCUUUCCUGCUGCAGUUCACGGAGCUCAUCCACUGCAUGAUGUACCAGUACUCCGGCUUCCCGGACCUCUACGACCAUAUUUUAGAAGCCAUCAAGGAUCUCCCGAAACCCAGCGAAGAGAAGGUCAAGUUGGUGCUGAAUCAAAGUGCCUGGACGUCCCAGUCCAACGCCUUCACCUGCGGUCCCCUGAGGCAGGCUGGCAAGUCCGAGACGGGCAAGACGGGCCUGGUCAACUUGGGAAACACCUGCUACAUGAACAGCAUCCUUCAGACUCUCUUCAUGGCCACAGAUUUCAGACGACACGUUCUGUCACUGCAACUCAACGGCUCCAACAUACUGAUGAAAAAACUGCAGCUGCUGUUUGCCUUCCUUGCACACACUCAGAGGGCGGCGUACGCUCCCAGAAACUUCUUGGAAGCGUCUCGGCCGCCUUGGUUCAACGUGGGCUCUCAGCAGGACUGUUCAGAGUACCUCCGCUUUCUCCUCGACAGGUUACACGAGGAGGAGAAAACAAUCCAAGUGCUGGAGUCUACAAAGCCAAGCGUGGCCCCUGCCGCCCUCCUGGACUCCAGCAGCACGGACCCCGUAGGUCAGACUUCUCCUGAAGAGAGCGAAGCGUCCCCUUUGAGUCCCGCGGAAAGCAAAGCGGAGGAGGACACAAGAACUGUGAUAGAGAGGACUUUUGGCGGCAAGCUGGUGACAGGUAUUCGCUGUAUGCACUGCGACGGCACCUCUGAGAAAGAGGAGCCUUUCACCGACCUUUCGUUGGCCUUUUGCCCCUCUGCCGCCUCUCAGGACGCCCCCAAAAGCGAGGGCACCUCUCCGGAGCCCAAAGUGGUUUGUCAGGGCUCCGUCAACGGUGGCAGCGAGGCGCCCGUGCCCAGCUCUGCCGCAGACCAAGCUAGUCAAGUCUACCCUUCGCCGGAAACCAGCGGACCUCCCCUGUCCGUGCCCGACCUGCUCGACUAUCUCUUGGCGCCGGAGAUCCUGGACCAGGACAACGCCUACUUCUGCGAGAAGUGCGGCUGCCUCCGGCGGGCCGAGAAGACCAUGAAGGUGGUGUCGGCGCCGGAGUACCUCAUCCUCACCUUGCUGCGCUUCUCCUACGACGCCAAGUACCACGUGCGCAGGAAGAUCCUGGAGAACGUCACCAUCCCGCCGCACUUGCGCCUCCCCGUUCACAACGCCGCGCCCCUCUCCUGCACCUCGUCCCCUCUGCAAGUGGACUCUCCCGAGAGCAGCGAGAACCUGGCCAAGAAGCUCAAGCCCUCUCAGAAGGACGAGGACGAAGACGAGAGCGAAGCAGGUGGAGGAGACGCGUCCGUGCAGGCACGCUACGUCCUCAGCUCCGUCGUCAUGCAUUCGGGCGUCUCGUCCGAGAGCGGUCAUUACUACUCCUACGGCCACGACAUCACGGCGGCGGACGCCGAGCCCUUCAAGGAGGACGCGAGGAAGGUACAAGGCGAGUGCGGCGCUACCCCGGGACCGGCCGGACAAGGCGGCACGCCGCCUGUUCGCGGACCGGAGGGGAACGACUGGCUCCUGUUCAAUGACAGCAGAGUGACCUACGCGUCUUUUAGGUCGGUGCAAAACAUCACCAACCGCUUCCCCAAGGACACGGCCUACGUGCUCAUGUACAGGAAACAGGAGCUGGAUGGACCGCACGCAAACAAAGGACCGCCGGCCAAUGGAUUGAGGCAGCGUGCAGAGCCGCCGCUGCAGAAGGAGCUGCUGGACGCCAUCAUCAAGGACAACAAGCUGUAUUUACAGGAGCAAGAACUGAACGCUCGGAGCCAGGCCAUGCAGGCGCCUUCAUCCUCCUGCUCGUUCAGGCCCAACGGUUCAGAUGACAACAACCCACCCGGGAGUUGUGGCCCAUCUGGAGGAGGAGGAGGAGGAGGCGGAGGAGGGGGCUUCAACACCAUCAGUAGACUGGUCUUCUAAUACAAAAUCACACAAGGCUAACACUACUUUGUGCGUUGCUGUUAACACAACCUCAUAAAGAAGCACUGAGAUCAGAACCUGAUGCUUGGAUUUUCUACCACUUCAACUUUUUUAUUUAUUAACUCCAUUUUUUUCCCCUUUGCUGGCAUAAAAGUGAACGUUCAUGGACGCAGAUAUAUUUUCUUCUGUUUUGAUAUUACCUCACAUGCAGCACAUUAACAACAAAACAAACAUUUUAUAGAGUAUGACGUUAACUUAAUGUAUUCUCUCUCUCUCUCGUGUGUGUGUGUGUGUGUGUGUGUGUGUGUGUGUGUGUGUGUGUGUGUGUGUGUGUUCUGACUUAAUGGGGACAUGGCUGUGUUUACACAGUCACCUUUAGGGCACCUCUGACGGUAUGGGGACAAACAACCAGGUCCCCUAAAGGGAAACCUUUUUAAAUGAAGGUCAGAUCCAUUCUGAAGAUGCCGGAGUAAUUUUUAAGCUUAGGCCCAUAUUUAAUUUGAACUUUUUUUUGUUUUUUUAAAUAGGUCCUCAGUAGUCACGUACAAAUGUGUGUGAAUUAUGCAAAAUGAUUUCAAAUUUGGUCCCCGAGAACCAUAUUAACUCUUACUCCCCAGGGUCCCCAGUAAGUGCAAACCCCGUUUCCAUAUGAGUUGGGAAAUUGUGUUAGAUGUAAAUAUAAACAGAAUACAAUUAUUUGCAAAUCCUUUUCAAGCCAUAUUCAGUUGAAUAUGCUACAAAGACAACAUAUUUGAUGUUCAAACUCAUACAUUUUUUUUUUUUUUUUGCAAAUAAUCAUUAACUUUAGAAUUUGAUGCCAGCAACACGUGACAAAGAAGUUGGGAAAGGUGGCAAUAAAUACUGAUAAAGUUGAGGAAUGCUCAUCAAACACUUAUUUGUAACAUCCCACAGGUGUGCAGGCUAAUUGGGAACAGGUGGGUGCCAUGAUUGGCUAUAAAAGCAGCUUCCAUGAAAUGCUAAGUAAUUCACAAACAAGGAUGGGGUGAGGGUCACCAAUUGGUAAGCAAAUUGUCGAACAGUUUUAGAACAACAUUUUGUCAACGAGCUAUUGCAAGGAAUGUAGGGAUUUUACCAUCUACGGUCGGUAAAAUCAUCAAAAGGUUCAGAGAAUCUGGAGAAAUCACUGCACGUAAGCGAAAUGGCCGGAAACCAACAUUGAAUGAUCGUGACCUUCGAUCCCUCAGACUGCACUUUAUCAAAAACUGACAUCAAUCUCUAAAGGAUAUCACCACAUUUGCUCAGGAACACUUCAGAAGACCACUGUCACUAAAUACAGUUGGUCGCUACAUCUGUAGGAGCAAGUUAAAGAUCUACUAUGCAAAGCGAAAGCCAUUUAUCAACAACAUCCAGAAACACCGCCGGCUUCUCUGGACCCGAGAUCAUCUACGAUGGACUGAUGCAAAGUGGAAAAGUGUUCUGUGGUCUGACGAGUUCACAUUUCAAAUUGCUUUUGGAAAUAUUCGACAUCGUGUCAUCCGGACCAAAGGAAAAGCGAACCAUCCAGACUGUUAUCGACGCAAAGUUCAAAAGCCAGCAUGUGUGAUGGUAUGGGGGUGCAUUAGUGCCCAAGGCAUGGGUAACUUACACAUGUGUGAUGGUAUGGGGGUGUAUUAGUGCCCAAGGCAUGGGUAACUUACACAUCUGUGAAGGCACCAUUAAUGCUGAAAGGUACAUACAGGUUUCGGAUUAACAUGCCGCCAUUUAAUCGCCGUCUUUUUCAUGGACGCCGCUGCUUAUUUCAGCAAGACAAUGCCAAGCCACAUUCAGCACGUGUUACAACAGCAUGGCUUCGUAAAAAAAGAGUGCGGGCACUUUCCUGGCCCGCCUGCAGUCCAGACCUGUUUCCCAUCGUAAAUGUUUCCUGCAUUUUUUUGUUUUUGUUUAUUAUUAUUCUUCGGUCAAUGGUCAAAGCUUCAACAAUUAGUUUCCUCAGUUCCCAAACGUUUAUUGAGUGUUGUUAAAAGAAAAGAUGAUGUAACACAGUGGUGAACAUGCCCUUUCCCAACUACUUUGGCACGUGUUGCAGCCAUGAAAUUCUAAGUUAAUUAUUUGCAAAAAAAAAAUAAAGUUUAUGAGUUUGAACAUCAAAUAUGUUGUCUUUGUAGCAUAUUCAACUGAAUAUGGCUUGAAAAGGAUUUGCAAAUCAUUUUAUUCUGUUUAUAUUUACAUCUAACACAAUUUCCCAACUCAUAUGGAAAUAGGGUUAGGCACAUGAACCAUAUUAACUCUUUUUUCCCCAGGGUCCCCAGUAAGAAUGAUCAGCACAUUACUUCAUCAAUCCAGAGAUUUAAAGACGUGUAUGAGCUAAAUGGCCAGUGGACAUUUCACACCAUUUUUUAUGUCUCCACAACCUGUAGAAAGGAUGGUCCCCACAAGUACUGAUCAAAAACUUGGUCCCCAUUCCAAAUGAUAACCGGUGUGUGUGUGUGUGUGUGUGUGUGUGUGCGCGCACGCCUUUUUUCUCUCCAAGACCGAUUUAUUUGGUUUGUGCUUUUAUAAAUUUAAUAUUACAUGCAAUAAAUGUGCAUUUGUCUUAAAAUGUGAUCUUGGAUAAAUGGAAAAUACAAAAUAUGUAAAAGUG